UUUGAAUCCAUGAGAUGGUCAAAUUGGUUGCGUUUAUUCAUACGAGUUGUAGCAGGGGUGUCAAAGUUAUAAUAAACACAGAUGUUAUAUAUAUGUGCGAUACCUCAUAUCUUGCGAAUGCUAAGAGAUACACGCAUUAUGGCUGAGUGGCGAGUGGGGGACAAUUUUGGUUUGGAUUUUGACUAAAGUGCAUAGUGGUGAAAGUGUCGUUAAGAGUUUUUCUAACACACCACCGUAAGGAGUAGCUUCGGCGAUAAUUUAAGCGAAAGAUAUCCUCAGCCAUGUUGGUAACGUGAACUAUUAAGCAGUAUCGUUUAAAAAGUGCGUGUUUAUGUUAAAAUUGGUUAGAUACGAUUGAUUUAAUUAAUCAGAUCAGCUUCCCGUGGAAGUAUUACUAACCAUUUGUUAUUAUUGGCAAAUACUGCCGUUCAGUCUACGGUUUAAUGUACCGACAUAUACACACAACUGUUAGACAUAUGGGAGCGCUUGGUAUUGUUUCAAUAUUAUGUUUAAUAUGCUUGUUCGAAAAGUCUGGAGCGAAAAAUUUCCACAACUGGGAGUUUCCCGAUAGGGAAGUUAUUGAACUACCAGCGUUGAAUAAACAAAGAAAGUUGGAAGAAAAGAUUUCGUUUAAUUUGAACGAUAAAACUUUCUGGUUGAUUUUAAAGAGAAAUUCUGGUGUUGUUUCACACGAUGUUAUAUCUGCAAUAUCUUAUGAUAAUAAGGGGAACUUGUCCCACUGCUUGUACCACGGGUAUGUGGAAGGUUAUAAGAAGAGUUUGGUUGCUUUGAACUUGUGUGGUGGAUACAGCGGACUCAUCCACUUUAACAACAUCUCCUUGAGCAUCGAACCCCUUAACCACACACCCUCCAGCGGUCAACACAUUAUUGAGAGAUUGGACAAACUAGAACCUUUGGUGGAAAUGUGCUCAGCAAUUAAAAUAGAUGAAAUAAUUCAAAAGACUAAAACUGUAAAAGGUGGCAGAGUAAAGAGAAAUGUUCUAACUGAAACAAAGUUUAUUGAAUUGUUGCUCAUUGCUGAUAAUAGUGAAUUUCAAAGCAUCGGGUCAAUCGCUGCAAUCCAUUCUCGCUUUUCAACUUUCACCAACAUCGUUGAUUUGUUGUUUCGACCUUUGAACUUCCGAGUCGUGCUGAGUCAUGUGGAAAUUUGGAAUCAACAGAACUUGAUAAAUGUUGUGGCUAGCAACGAGAUGACAUUGAAUUCAUUACGUACAUACCGUGAUACACAACUUGCUGUAGGACUUGCAAACAAUGUUUGGAAACUGACCGAUACCGCCAUGCUUAUCACACAUAGCAGGGGCUUAACUGGUAUUGGGAUUGCUUUUGUAUCUGGAAUGUGUAGAAGUACUUCUGUAACACUAACUCAUGAUUUCAGAAAUUCAACCGCCUUAGUAGCGAUGGUGAUGGCGCAUGAACUUGGUCAUAACCUUGGUAUGGAGCAUGACACAGAUAGUUGUGCGUGUAGCCAACCAAGUUGCAUCAUGGAUACUUUUGCAAACGGCGGCACAGAUUGGACGAAUUGUAGUCGACAACAACUUGAUGCUUUCCUUCAGUUCCAUGAUCCUGGUUGUUUGUUGAAUGUUCCCAACCCAUCAAAUAUAUUCACAACCCCUGUGUGCGGGAAUGGGUUGGUAGAAGCUGGGGAACAAUGUGAUUGUGGCUUCCCUGGGUCAUGCAAUACAUUAUGUUGCAAUGCAGCAACAUGCAUGUUGUGGCCGUCAGCUCAAUGUAAUAAAGGACUCUGUUGUUACAACAACUGCACCUUUGUCCACAGUGGAACCAUAUGUCGUAACUCAAGUCAUGCAGAUUGUGAUCUGCCAGAGUAUUGUUCUGGCAUAUCCAAUCAGUGUCCAGGAGAUUUCUUCCGAAAAGACAGUUUACCUUGUAAUAAUGGAACAGGGGUAUGCGUGUCCGGGUUGUGCCUGGAUCGUUCUACACAAUGCCAGGAAUACUGGGGACCAUCAAGCAGAAACGGCGCAAGUAUUUGUUACCUCGUCAAUACUCAAGGAGAACGAUACGCUCACUGUGGAUACACACCACCAAGCACAUAUGCUCAAUGCAAUUUGAUGGACAGAGAAUGUGGUUUGUUGCAUUGUAUGUCGAAUGCCACAACUGCAACGCUGUCCGGCGUAUCUGGACUUUCGUUUCGCUUUGUUGUGGGUGGUGAAGCGUGUCGGUCCAUCACGAUAACAUCACCAGACACCAGCGAUGUUGGUUUUGUUCGCAAUGGAAUGUCUUGUGGAACAAACAAGAUUUGCAUGGACAGAAGAUGUGUGUCUGCUUCCAACCUUGGCUGUGAUGCCACCUGCUCCAAUAACGGGGUAUGCAACAAUCUUUUGCAUUGUCAUUGCAACAUUGGUUGGUCACCCCCAUUCUGCAAUAUAACUGGUUUUGGUGGGAGUGUGGACAGUGGACCUGCUUCACCGAUAGCAGAAACUAUAAUUGAUAUUGAGAUUGAACCAGUUGAAACCACCCUUGAACUAGAUAUGCUGCUUGGGGUCGAUAUUACCAGCUUUGCAAAGCCUGAAGAUGGACCAAUAUUUGUGGAGAAUGAAUCUGCCUUCAGUGUUCAGUUGAAAACUUUGGAGCCUUGGGUUUCAUCACAGAACAGACUUUUGGUGGAAAACUGUUGGAUUUUUGACAGAUCUGCUCAAACUUCACAAAUGUUUGUUCUAAGAAAUGGGGCGCUUGUUGGAGGGGGAGCUAUUACUUCAAACAACUCCCAAGUUAUGCUUACCAGUAAACCAUCCAUCAGUUAUAAUGCAAAUGUACCAACUUCAUUUAAUGUAUAUUGUGAAUGUGUCUUAUGCAAUGAUGAUAUAGGAAACUGUUAAGAUAUUUCGUGUGGUAUUGUAGCAGUUGACAGUGUUUUGAGGUAGAUUUAUUUAUAUAGUUUACCCAAACAUAAUGCAUAAAGAUUGAAUAUUAAACAGUUGUGUUAAUAGCUUCACGUAACCAUGUAUCCUUUGUGCAUUUUCUGUGACCCAUAAUAUGACAAUGCUGGCAUAUCAUAAUGCAAUAUUAGGACAAUUGUGAGAAACUUUGUCCUAGUAUUACAAUACCGAAACUCUGUCUUGGUGUAAAAUAUCGUCAUCGUAUUCGUGCACAUGUUUUUCGCUAUAUAAGCCCUCCAAGUUGUUGUGUGAGGAGCCAAACGAGCUAAUAUUAAUACUCGGCUGUUCUCACUGCUUUCUGUAAAGUGAUGUCGUACGUCGUUGUUUGUCAAAUAAACUGAAUUUUCGACCAAGCCCUAUGUAGUCAUUACUGUUCUACAAGAGUCGGAUCAGGUUACACUGAGUUCGAUCUAUGUAAUCUGUACGCCAAGGCGAGAACGGAACGAACCGUAGCCGCAUCUUUGUCUAAUUUCUGCUGUUAAGAUCGCUAGCCUGAGCUAAUACUGCACACCCAAUAAACCCAGGUCCUAUUGGAAAGAGUCAAAUUCCCUAUGUAAUCAAUGUGGCCCAGGUGCGACUUAUUAAUGUCGUCGGGUUGGAUCUGUAUAUUACUUUGUCUAUAUCUAACUUUACAGACUGUGAACCAGAAACUAUUUUUACCAGUGGUUCUCAAUCGCCGGUCCGUGAACUGGUAGGUGGCCCCCUCUUUCCGGCCGGUCCACCAAAUAUGUUAUAGUAAUGUGAAAAAAGUGAUGCGUUUAUAGAACAUAAUUUACGAGUAUCCGAAUCGUGUUUUAAACAAUUACCGUUUUAUGGAAGUUGUAAAAACAAGGUUUUAUAAUUCUUUGACUGUUCUUUGUUUACUACCAAAUGGGACGAGAAAAUAGAAUAAUAAAAAGGUGUCCCAUCUUUCCACACCCUACCAUACAGUUUACUUUACAUUGCGUAAGCUUCAAUGAACUAUGUAUAACACGAAUGACACUGAAUCAUAAUUCUUACUGCUUUGGUCUAUUUCGGUAUGUGUACAAAAAAUAACUUGUUAUGCAAUAUUUACUGUAGUGGUAUUUUACGUCUGCCGUAAGUUUUUUAUCAAAAGUAAAUCAGUAUCUUCAUUCAUAUAGUUCUAAAGCACACACAGGGUGCGCAACCGAAAAAACUGUGAAAUUUAAAUCCACCGCGCCAAUCAUUUUGAUUAGCCGACGUUUCCCGCUUUUCGUUGAUUCCCGCGGCAUGUAAUACGUCGUCCUUACAACACGUUGCAACUGUACAAGGCAGUUUGGAUGAAGCGGCGACAAAGCAACAAGCACUCUUUGGAUGAACUCAGUGCAGGAUUAUAUUUGUUUCAUCUACAAGAGUUGAAGUUAAGUAAUAUUGCUACUGUUUAGUUUUAGCUAAAUAGAAACUAUGUUGUUACUUAAUUAUUUAUUGUUACUUAUUAAUUAACCAGUAUUUUAAUGUGCUUACACUAUAUGACCAUGUAUGACUAUAUAUUACAGAUGUAUGUUUAAACCUAUGAUAACUCAAAUAAUGUGCCUUGCGAUUUA